AAGCAAAAGCGGGGGUUACUUCUCGGCUUUGCCCGGUUCAGGCUGACGACUGGAGAGCCUCGGUGUCUUCCACGCUAAAGGGGAACAGGAGAACCUCUUCUAUUGGACGCGUUUGAUACUUCACAUCUUUUAGACAUUUUUUCCUCAAAGGAAAGUUGAGGGGAAUGAGCGGCGGGAAAGGUUUUCUUUGAGUUGACAGAGGAGAGGGUGGCCCCCGGUGCCAACAGGGCAGAUAGUUUCUGCUCUCGCGGGGAGCUGGACGAGACAGUUAGCUUACUGCUCCUGCAUGUCGCCUCGGAUCUAAACAUCAUUGCGGCAAGAUGGACCUGAAGCUAAUCUUGAUAACUACUUUGUUGGGAAUCUUCUGUUACUGUUUUGCUCAGAAAGAGGGCAACGAGUGCAUCAACGCCAAUGCCAAACACUGUGGAGAUUGUAUCCAGGCUGGAGCCAAAUGUGGCUGGUGUAGAGACCCGAGCUUUUUGAAACAAGGCGAGGCCUUGUCAACCCGCUGUGAUGAGUUUCAGUCUCUGUUGAAGAGGGGCUGCCCUCUGGACAUGAUUGAAGACCCACAUGGAGACCACAGAGUCCUCAAGAACAAAACAGUUACCAACCGCAAAAAAGUUACAGAUUCAUCCAGACGAAAGCAGGUGAAGCCGGAGGACAUCACUCAGAUUCAGCCCCAGAAGCUGGUCCUCACCCUUCGAUCUGGGGAGCCUCAGUCAUUUAAACUGAAGUUCAAGCGAGCCGAGGAUUACCCCAUCGACCUUUAUUACCUGAUGGAUCUGUCCUUUUCCAUGGCGGACGAUCUGGAAAACGUGAAGAACUUGGGAACCAGUCUCAUGUUGGAGAUGUCAAAGAUCACAUCGGACUUCAAGAUAGGUUUUGGGUCCUUUGUGGAGAAAACCGUCAUGCCUUACAUCAGCACCACGCCGGCCAAACUGCGGAACCCGUGCACAGGCGACCAGAACUGCACCAGCCCGUUCAGCUACAAGAACGUGCUGAAGCUGACCGAAGACGGCAAGUUGUUCAACACCCUGGUGGGCCAGCAGCACAUUUCAGGAAACCUGGACUCUCCAGAAGGAGGCUUCGAUGCCAUCAUGCAGGUGGCUGUGUGUGGGGAGCAGAUUGGAUGGAGAAACGUGACUCGCCUGCUGGUCUUCUCCACCGACGCCGGCUUUCACUUUGCUGGAGAUGGUAAACUGGGGGGCAUUGUUCUGCCCAAUGAUGGAAAAUGCCACUUGGAGAACGACGUUUACACCAUGAGCCACUACUAUGACUACCCUUCCAUUGCACACCUGGUCCAGAAGCUAAGUGACAACAACAUCCAGACUAUUUUUGCAGUUACUGAGGAGUUCCAGCCCGUUUACCAGGAGCUGAAAAAUCUGAUCCCCAAGUCUGCAGUCGGUACUUUAUCAGCAAACUCCAGCAAUGUCAUCAACUUGAUUAUAGAUGCUUACAAUUCUCUGUCAUCUGAGGUUAUCCUGGAGAACAGCAAGCUUCCAGAGGGCGUGACCAUAGCGUACACGUCGCACUGCAAGAACGGAGUGGUCAGCGAGGGGGAAAACGGACGCAAAUGCUCCAACAUCUCGAUAGGAGACGAGGUCUCUUUUAAUAUCAGCAUCACAUCCAAAGGCUGCCCCAAAAAAGGCAAGCCUGAAACCAUCAAGAUCAAACCUCUGGGGUUUACUGAGGAGGUGGAGAUUACCCUCAACUUCAUUUGUGAGUGCGACUGCCACAAGGACGGAGAGAAGGACAGCCCCGUGUGCCACUUUGGGAACGGAACAUACGAGUGUGGAGCCUGCAAGUGUAACGAAGGCCGCGUGGGCAAAUGGUGCGAAUGCAGCAGCAACGACGUGGCCACGGAGGACAUGGACCGCACCUGCCGGAAGGACAACAGCACCGACAUCUGCAGCAACGUGGGCGAGUGCGUGUGCGGCACCUGCGAGUGCAAGAAGAGGGACAAUCCCAAUGAGAGGUACAGCGGCCUGUACUGCGAGUGCGACAACUUCAACUGCGACCGCUCCGGGAACCUGCUGUGCGGAGGGCACGGAACCUGCGAUUGCAGGGUGUGCAAAUGUGACCCCAUGUGGAGCGGGAGCGCCUGCGAGUGUUCUCUAGACAACCGGACGUGUAUGGCCAGCAACAAGCAGCUCUGCAACGGCAGAGGAAACUGUGAGUGCGGCGUGUGUAAAUGCACUGACCCCAAAUUCCAGGGUCCCACGUGCGAGUCCUGCCCCACCUGUCCCGGAGUCUGCACUGAGCACAAGGACUGCGUGGAAUGUCGGGCCUUCGGCACCGGCGAGUUGAAGGACAAAUGUCAGGAAAUGUGCAGCGAGUUUACCAUGGUCAAAGUGAAGGACCGAGACAAGCUGCCCCAGCCCAACGGCGGCUCCUACCCCAUCGUGCACUGCAAGGAGCGGGACGCCAACGACUGCUGGUUUUACUACACCUACGCCGUCAACAACAACACAGAGAAAGAGGUUCAUGUGGUGGAUACUCCAGAGUGCCCCACCGGUCCUGACAUCAUCCCCAUCGUGGCCGGCGUGGUGGCCGGUAUCGUCCUGAUCGGUUUGGCCCUGCUGCUCAUUUGGAAGCUGCUGAUGAUCAUCCACGACAGGAGGGAGUUCGCCAAAUUUGAAAAGGAGAAAAUGAACGCCAAGUGGGACACGCAAGAAAACCCCAUUUACAAGAGCCCAAUCAAUCAGUUCCAGAACCCAAACUACGGACGUAAAGCGCCUGUUCUUUAAGGGGAAAAUCCCAUCUACAAAAGCGCCGUGACGACUGUGGUCAAUCCCAAAUACGAGGGCAAAUGAUGGCCCGGAGGCUUUAAGUGAACUCUGAGUGCCGUGGCAUUCGACGGAGCACAUGGAAGAAAUACUUUUUUUCUUUUUGUUUUUUUGUCCCUUUGCUUUAUCAGCAUCAUAUAUCAUCCGGCCACUGCAUCAGAUACUUUAACACAUGCUCUGUACACGUUUGAUGUCUUUAUGAUGUACAGUAUUCAGUUUGUAUAUAUACUUUGAAGGUGCAUUUUUGCAGAAGUUUUUUUUUUUUUUUUUUUUUUGAACAGUGAUUUUAGGUGAAGGAUUUAGCUUUUUAGCUGUUUUUAUCGACACCUCGUGGACUGUAUGGAUGAACACCACCUGUGUGAGACUUCUUUUUUUUAUUAAUGCUGAUUUAUACUUCAUAGUGAUUUGUAAUUGCCCAGGUUUCAUUGUCACUAGGCUAUCGGUUGGGAAUCGUCCUGAUCGCUGUUGAUGAUUGUCAUCACGAUAUGGCGAGGAUGUCAUAACAAUGUAAUUACACCAUUGCAAUAUCACAAUGGCAUCAUGGUUAUAUAUAGAGUAUAUCAUCACAAUGUUGUGAAGACCAUGGUAAUAUCGUGAUGUCAUCACAAUUUUGUGAUGACAUCUUCGUUACAACAUUAUCUUAUUACAAUAUUGCCAUGAUGUCAUCACACAUUACAAUAUUGUGAUGACAUCAUGGCAAUAUUGUGAGUAUAUCAUCGUAAUAUUGUGAAGUCAUCACAAUACAUUACAAAAAAAUAUUACAUUGUCACUGCUAAUUUACUUUAUAAUGCAACUAUAACUUCAGUUAUAUUAAAUUUUAAGGUAUGAAGCAGGUGGCAAAUCAUUUCAAAUAAUGUGUUUUUAAGCAUAGGUAUUUGGUGUGUUGAGACAAAAUCCCUCCAAAAAGAUCUUGUGGAACACCUACCUAGUCUUGUCUGCACCAUUACUUAACCAGAAACUUAUUAAAAUAGAUGUAGCAAGAUGAUAGCAUCUUUGGAAAAUACCAAACCGUUGAAACGCUUGAGACAAUCGCAUCAUCAGGCUUAAAAUGUUUAAAGGUCACAAAGAAGUUUGUCGCAGACUGUCAAAAGCAAAAUUGGCCAAGAUUGGUUGCAAUUGCAGUAGAGAUCCAAUACAGUUGAUGCGAUGGCGGAUCACUAUGAAGUAUAAAUCAGACAUGAAGCUGCAACUCCUGUCAGAUCUGUCUACACCAGGGAUAGGCAGCUGGUGGCCUGCCUCCUCAUUCAACAUGGCUCUCGUACAUUUUCAGAUGAUGUUUCCUCUACUGUAGAACUCAUUCCAAACUGUAAUUACAUGGUUCGCCUGUAGAUGCCGCUCACAAACAAUCUGCGGCCGGUGGCCUUCAGCGAAGAAAGCAUCAUUAAAGUUACCUAUCCCUGGUCUACAUGUAUACAAAGCAGCUCUAGUCAGACUGUCGCUAAGUGAAGUAAGUAUGUGCUGUAAGCUAGAAUUAUUUUCACAUUAAGACUCAAUCAUGACAAAGCAAAAUGAAGCAGUAUUUCUUCUCUUAUGUUUGAUUUGAUGUACAGUUCUAUAAAUGAAUGGAGUGUAAACCACUGGUUUAAAUUAUAAAGUUGUUGCCUUUUGGAACAAUCAAAGGAUCUGUAAAGUUCUGACACUAAAGGCAACGAGAAUUGUCUCUGCAGUUUAGUUCAGCUCUCAGGUGCUUUGUCUUUUUGUGUUUUAUUUUAAACAGCAAAUAUAUUUUUUAUCUACUUUUUUUGUUAAGCUCCACAUUAUUUUUCAAUUUUUAGAUUUAAAUACAAGAAAUUUGAGUAUAUGUUGCUGUGUCACAUAAAUCUAUAUUGCCCUAGCAUGACAUAAAAAAACCAAAUUAUUCUCUUAAAUUAAAAGUCUGUGGCCACUAAUUUGUUUUUAUGCACAUAAAUUAGCAACUUGUGGCCACAAAUUAGCAUUUUGUGUGCACAAUAUGUUAUCACAUUUACACAAAAUAAUAAUUUAUGCACAUGUAAUGCUAACUUGUGUGCACAAAACUAAUUUGUCCACACAAAAAUAACCAUUUCUGGCAUACAUAUUGCUAACCUGUUUGCACAAAUGGCUAUCUUAUGUGUGCAAAAUGCUAAAUUGUGCGCUCAAAAUGGUAACUUUUGUUCCUAAAAGGCAACCUUGUGCGCACAAAAUGCUAAGUUAUAGCCACAAAAUGCUAACAUGGUUGCACAAAAUAUUAAUUUCCGUCCACAAAUUUUUCAUUUGAGGGAUCAAUUUUUUUUAUGGUCACAUCCAGGGCUCCAUAUAAAUUAGCUCCACUUUCACAAAAGGUACCUCAAGCCUUGACUGUUUGUUUCAAAGUGCCUUUUCCUUCAAUCACAUCUCCAGAUGCUGUUCCUGAGAUAUUUAUUAAACACAAAAUAAAACA